AUGAUCAUUACUGGUGAUGAUUUAGAUGGAAUUGCAGUGUUAAAGUCUCAAUUAGCUUCUCAGUUUGAGAUGAAGGAUUUGGGGCCUCUUCGGUAUUUUCUGGAUAUUGAAGCUGCCUUCUCCCCAAAAGGCUAUCUUCUUUCUCAGUCAAAAUACACUUCUGAUGUUAUUGACCGUGCUCCUCUUACAGAUACAAAAGUAGUUGCCACUCCUUUUGAGCUCAAUGUUCAGUAUUCUCCUUCUGAUGGCACUCCCUUGCAUGAUCCUACUUUGUAUCGCACUAUUGUUGGCAGUUUGGUUUAUCUCACUAUCACUUGCCCCGACAUUGCAUAUGUUGUUCACAUUGUUAGUCAAUUUGUUGCCUCUCCUACUACUGUUCACUGGGCAGCUGCUCUUCGCAUUUUGAGGUAUCUUCGGGGUACUAUCUUUCAAAGCCUUUUGUUUCCCUCCACUUCUUCCUUGGAGCUGCGUGCAUACUCUGAUGCUGAUCAUGGUCGUGAUCCCACGGAUCAGAAGUCUGUUACUGGUUUCUGUAUCUUUUUGGGUGAUUCUCUUAUUUCUUGGAAAAGUAAGAAACAAACUGUUGUCUCCCAAUCUUCCACUGAAGCAGAGUACCGCGCUAUGUCAUCUACUACCAAAGAAAUUGUUUGGUUAAGAUGGCUGCUUGUAGAUAUGGGUGUAUGUCAUUCUCAACCCACUCCUAUGUAUUGUGACAAUCAGAGUGCCAUCCAGAUUGCUCACAACUCAGUUUUUCAUGAACGCACCAAGCACAUUGAGAUUGAUUGUCACUUCACUCGUCACCACCUGAAGCUUGGCACUAUCACUUUGCCUUUUGUUCCUUCUUCUUUACAGAUUGCUGACUUCUUUACUAAGUCUCAUUCUAUUUCUCGUUUUCAAUUUCUAGUUGGCAAACUCUCGAUGCUUAUUGUUGUUGCAUCGUGA